AUGUCGGGCGAUUGCGGCGGUACCCAUACACGUUUAUCACUGUGGAGGAUUCCCAAUAGCUCGAUGCAGCUUAAGGGCAAUAUCGCUCCCGGUGACUCUAUCUUUGCCAAGAAAUACCUGAACGAAGACCACUCGAGCUUCAAUGAGGUGUGCCAUCUUUUCAUGACCGAGGCUAAACUAACGAACGAAGUACCCGAGAUUUGUGUCCUGGCCUGUGCUGGCCCAAUUCUUAACAACAGUGUGGACUUUACAAACAUUGAGUUCGGCUGGAUGAUCGAUGGUGUCACUCUUGAACAACAGCUUGGAAUCAAGCAGGUGAAGCUCAUCAACGACUUUGUUGCUAUGGGCUACGGACUAUUGACCCUGCGUCCUCAUGAGUACAUUGUGCUGAAUGAUGUACCCAAGGAUGAGAGUGCUCCGAUCGCUACUAUAGGUGCUGGCACUGGUCUGGGUGAGUGCUUCUUGACCCCUGGCACGGAUGGUCAGUACACUUGCUUUGCCUGUGAAGGUGGUCACACUGACUUUGCCCCCGCGGACGAAAUUGAAAUAGAGCUGUACAAUGAGAUCAAGGCCAAAUUGGGUUGUAGUCAGCGUUUCUCUACGGAACGGAUCGUGUCUGGACCUGGUCUUGCUACGAUUUACGAGUUCCUAGCCACGAAGUUCCCGGAGAAAGUGGAUUUAAAGGUGCAUGAGAAGUUCCUGAAGGCAAACACUCAACAGGGUAAGGUGGUUGGCGAGAAUGCAAAGACGAACGAACUAUGCAACCAAACUAUGGAGAUUUUCGUGGGUGCAUACGGCCGUGAGGCUGGUAAUGCAAUGUUGAAAUACCUGCCUCGUGGUGGUUUCUACAUUACGGGUGGUCUUGCACCAAAGAACCUGGACUACUUUACAAAGAAGGAUAUUUUUCUCAACUCUCUAUUCGACAAGGGUCGUGUAAGUUCAGCUCUGCGUGCGUGUCCGAUCUACUUGGUGCUUACAGAGGAUAUUGGCGAACGUGGCGCUCACUUUUAUGCUUCGUCAUCGAAUAAUCGCAAUACCAUGUCAGGCGACCUCAUUAUCUCUGGAGAUUGUGGUGGGACCAACACACGCUUGUCGCUAUGGCUCAUUCCAAAGGGUUCCGUAUCCUUUCGAGGUUCUGUAGCUCCUGGAGAAAUUACAUUUGCCAAAAAGUACCACAAUGAAAACUAUGGUAGUUUUUCCGAGGUCUGUCACCUUUUUAUGAAGGAAGCCAAAUUAGUGGAUAAACUACCUGUGGCCUGUGUCCUAGCCUGUGCCGGCCCGAUCCUAAACAAUACGGUCGAGUUCACAAACAUUAAGGACGGCUGGAAGAUCGAUGGACCUGGACUUGAGAGAGAACUUGGGAUUGCUACAGUGAAGCUCAUUAAUGAUUUUGCCGCAAUGGGCUAUGGACUUCUCACUUUAAAGCCUCAUGAGUACAUUGUACUAAAUGAGGCGGAAAAAGAAGAGGGAAUGCCAAUUGCUACAAUUGGAGCUGGAACAGGCCUUGGGGAAUGCUAUUUGACAGCAGACGUGGACGGUCACUACUCGUGCUUUGCUUGUGAAGGAGGCCACACGGACUUUGCGCCAGCUGACACCAUGGAAAUUGAGCUGUACAAUUCCAUUAAGGAGGAACUGGGCUGUGAUCGCCGUUUCUCGGUUGAACGCAUUGUCAGUGGCCCCGGGUUGGCCACGAUUUACAAGUUCUUGUCAAAAAAGUUUCCGGAAAAGGUUAACGCAAAGGUACACGAAGCGUUUAUGACCGCCAAGUCGCUGCAGGGGAAGAUCGUGGGCGAUAAUGCCAAGACGGACGAACUCUGCAACCAGGCUAUGGAGAUGUUUGUCGACGCUUAUGGUCGCGAAGCUGGCUCUGCCAUGCUCAAGUAUCUUCCUCGUGGUGGAUUCUACAUCACCGGUGGCCUAGCGCCGAAAAACCUCGAAUACUUCACGCACAAGGACAUCUUCCUCAAGGCGUGCUUUAACAAGGGUCGUGUCAGUCCUGCGAUAAAAGCUAUUCCGAUUUAUCUGGUGCUGACGGAAGAUUUGGGCGAACGUGGUGCGCACUACUACGCGUAUCAGCUGCUGGAUUCGUACAAUAACAGCUUGUUGGGCAACACCAUCGCGCGCGAGCGUGCGCACGAAAAGUACGCUUCUACCAACCAUCUAGUGCUCUACUCGAUUAUCGCUGCAGUGAGUGUCGCUACUGGCGUCAUGCUUGGAAAUGCGAUGCGAAAGUAA